AUGACGCAGAAAGUGUCCAGUCUCCUCUCUCCUCCACAGAAGCACCGCGCACACUCCAGCACCACGACCCCGAGCAUCCGUCCAGAAGAGCGGCCACUUCCAGAGCGCACUCGGCUCACUUCAGAGCCUCUUCUCUCCCGCAGGUGCCCGCUCCGGAGACAGCGCCAGGCGGGGAGAGGGAGCGGGACAGACGGGGGGACCAUGCUGCUGGGGACCGUGACCGAGCAGCGGCGGACUCCCCCAGGGCACCCCGGGGAGACCCUCACCGUGCCCGGCUGCGGCUCCGAGCUCCUGGACCCGGCGGUGUCUUUCCGGGACAUCAGGACCAAGUUCGCGGUGCUGGUCCGGCUCAUCCAGGUUGGAGAAGUCAGCAACCGGGACAUUGUGGACACCGUCUUCAAUCUGUUGGUCGGUGGUGAAUUCAACCAGGACACAAAUUUCCUCAUUCAGGACGUGGAGAGCGUGGGCUGCAUGGUGGAGCUGCUGGCCCACUGUAACGUCACGUGUCAGGCUGAGAUCUGGAGCAAGGUCGCAGACGUCCUCCGAAAGAGCCUGAGGAACAUCCAGACAUGCACCGAGGCCGGGCUCCUCCGACUGGUGCUGCUCAACGUCAGCUCUGUGGAGCCCAGGGUCACAGAUGUACUGGUGGACGUGUUGGGGGUCCUGGCCUGCUACAGCAUCACAGUGAAAGAAGUGAAGCUCCUGUUAGGCACCCUGCAGCCAGAGGGGGCGCUGUGGCCCAGACAUGCAGUGAAGGUGCUGUCCGCCCUCAAACAGACGGCCCACAGACUCAGCCCCGACGCCUUCUUCAACUUCCCCGGACGCAGCACGGCCGCUAUAGCCUUACCUCCCAUCGCCCACUGGCCUCACCAGAACGGCUUCACCUUCAGCUGCUGGUUCAGACUGGACCCUCUGGACAACAGGAGCAGGGACCAGGACAAACCCUAUCUCUACUGCUUCCGCACCAGUAAAGGCGUGGGCUACUCUGCACACUUCAUGGGAAAGAACCUGAUCGUGACGUCGCUCAAGUCCAAAGGAAAAGGUUUCCAGCACUGUGUCAAGUACGACUUCCAGCCCAGGAAGUGGUACAUGGUGACUGUGGCACACGUGUACAGCCGCUGGAGGAACAGUGAGCUCCGCUGUUACGUGGACGGACAGCUGGUGUCCUACGGAGACAUGGCCUGGCACGUCAACACCAGCCACAACUUUGAUAAGUGCUUCCUGGGCUCCUCGGACACAGCGGACAGCAGCAGAGUGUUUUGUGGGCAGAUGGGAGCGGUCUACGUGUUCAGUGAAGCUCUCAACCCCGCGCAGAUAUUUGCUAUUCAUCAGCUCGGGCCCAGUUAUAAGAGCACGUUCAAGUACAAAUGGGAGAGUGACCUGGUCCUGGCCGAGCACCAUAAGCAGGUCCUGUACGACGGGAGACUGUCCAGCUCCAUGGCCUUCACGUACAGCGCCCGGGCCACAGACGCUCAGCUGUGCCUGGAGUCCUCCCCCCGAGACAACAGCUCCAUCUUUGUGCACUCCCCCCACGCGCUCAUGCUACAGGAUGUGACGGCCACAGUGACACACUCCAUGCACCGCAGCCUCCACUCCAUCGGUGGGAUCCAGGUGCUCCUCCCUCUCUUCGCUCAGCUGGACUCUUACCAGCCACAGGACGGCCUGAAGGACAGCACAGUGUGUGCCUCUCUCCUGAGCCUCCUGUUCGAGCUCCUCAAAAGCUCUGUGUCCAUGCAGGAGCAGAUGUUGGGCGGGAAGGGCUUUCUGGUGAUCGGGUAUCUGCUGGAGAAGUCCUCCCGUGAGCACCUGAGCAGAGACGUCCUGGAGCACUUCCUGUCCUUCGCCAAAUAUCUGGACAGUCUUCCUCACGGAGCCGCUCUCCUCAAACAGCUGUGUGACCACGUCCUGCUCAACAGCGCCCUCUGGAUACACACUCCACCUCAGGUGCAGCAGGCUCUGUACACCUUCCUGUCCACUGAGUUCGUGGGCUUCUCUUCCGUCUCUAGCUCCCUCCGCAGGCUGGGCACGGUACAGCAGCUCAUGCACGCGCUCAUGUUCUACUACUGGGCCCGUGAUCCCACACACAGCAGCCGCAUCGCAGCCAGGGGCCUCGAUGGACCCAGACCGAGCCAGAAGGAAGUCCUGUGUCUGCGGGGGUCCAUGCUUCUCUUUCUCAAACAGCUCCUCCUAAAGGACGGAGGGGUGAAAGAGGACGAGCUGCAGUGUCUUCUGAACUACCUGUUAACGAUGCAGGAGGAUGAGAAUCUACUGGACGUGCUGCAGUUGGUGGUGGCGCUCAUGUCGGAGCACCCGGCCUCUGUGGUCCCUGCGUUUGACCAGAGACAUGGGAUCAGAGUCAUCUACAAACUGCUUUCGUCCGAGAAUCAGAACCUUCAAGUCCACUCUCUCAAAGCUCUGGGCCAUUUCCUGCACCAUUUAGGCCACAAGAGGAAGGCGGAGCUGAUGCAGAGUCACAGUCUGUUCACGCUGCUGGGGGACAAGCUCACUGUCUCCAUGACGACCUACAACGCUUUAUACGAGAUUCUGACAGAGCAGAUGUGCACAGAGGUGGUCCACAAACCUCACCCAGACCCCGACUCAACCGUCAAAAUUCAGAACCCAAUGAUUCUGAAGGUGGUGGCUACACUGUUGAAGUCUGCAGCCCCGUGCGCAGAGCUCGUGGAGGUGCAGAGACUCUUCCUGUCCGACCUGCUCAAACUCUUCAGCAGCAGUCGAGAAAACAGAAGGUGCCUCCUCCAGUGCUCCGUGUGGCAGGACUGGAUGUUCUCGUUGGGUUUCCUCCAGCCCAGGACCUCAGAGGAGCACAAGAUGAUGGAGAUGGUCUACAGCAUCUUCAGGGUCCUGCUGUACCACGCCAUCAAGCACGAGUGGGGCGGCUGGAGGGUGUGGGUGGACACGCUCUCCAUAGCACACUCUAAGGUGACCUACGAGGCGCACAAGGAGUAUCUGGACAAAGUGUACCAAGUUCACCAAGACGGGGAAGGAGACAACGCCAAAAAGCGGAAGGUCUCCAAUCAAACUUCUAGCCUGAGCUGCAUCUUAAAGGACAACUUCCGUAACGCGGACUACAACGGGACUAGCUUUUUAGCCAACGGAAAACCGCAUCUCCCACCUAUCCAGGAAGUAGGGGGCGGGGUUAAGGUUGUCGUCCAGGAGCUGUUGGUGGACCUUAAAGACGAUAAAGAAGAGCAAACGGAAAUACAAAGCAGCAGUUUAGACUUACCCACGAGAGUUGAAAUCAACGCUCUGUUAGAUCAUCUUUAUUUGGGAAAACUAAACACGAAAUGGAAUAGCACGCUGAUUUCCAGAGAUUCCGACGAUCAAAACAUACCCCCGCUUAUAACUUUAGAAGACGACAAGGAUCACGUUUCGACGAAUUUUAUGUUUAAGAACGUGGAUGACAAAAUAUUGACUCCCUCCAAGGCGAUGUUGGUGUCCAAAAACGCGCAGCCGUCUUUGAUUCAGGUCCGAUCUCCGCUGGGAUCUUUGCCGAGUAUUCUGGAAAAGGAUGAGUUUGACCUGCAGACGACUUCUUCUUUGGGGGACACCGGGGGUAACGGGAACAAGGCCGGGUCCGAGAGCGCGAGGAGCCCGUGGGAGAGGGGGGACGGGAGGGCGGGAGAGGAGAGCGAGGAGGAGGUGAAGAGGGGACACGGCGGCGAAACAGGAGACGUGGUUUUACUGCUAAUCCCUGUGUUUGGAGCGGAUCCGGGUCUCGGGUCCACUAGUCCGGUCUGGGGCGGGCUUUGUGGGCAGCCCUGUGAGAACGCUCUGCUGGGACUGGAGCUUUACUGUGAGCCUUCCCUCUCAGCCUCAAGAACUUUGUACCGCUGCAGAGGACUCCAGACUCUACCUGAGCACCAGCCCAGCCCGUUGGAGAGUUUGGGUUUCCGUGGAGCGUCCGUGACAGAGGAGCAGAGGCAGGAGUUCAGCCCGGGCCCUCGCACCGCCAUGUUCCGUAUCCCAGAGUUCAGCUGGUCGCCGCUGCACCAGAGGCUCCUCACCGACCUGCUGUGUGCUCUGGAGAGCGACGUGUGCGCCUGGAGGAGUCAUUCGUGUAAAUCGGUGAUGGAGUUUGUGAACAGCAGCGAGAACCUCAUAUUCGUCCACAACACCAUGCACGUGCUCUGUCAGCUGGCGGACAACCUGAUCACGUGCUGCGGGGGGAUCCUGCCGCUGCUGUCCGCUGCCACCGCUCCUGCCGCUUGUGGAUCAGAGCAGAGCCUGGAGCCUCCUCAGGGCCUGUCCCCACACGCCGCUCUGUCCCUGCUGUCUCGUCUCCUGGUUCUGGUGGACGUGCUCGUCUUCUCCAGCUCUCUGAACUUCAGCGAGAUGGAGGCGGAGAAGAACAUGGCUCCUGGGGGGCUCCUGCGACAGUGCCUCAGGCUGGUUUGCUGUGUGGCGAUGAGGAAGUGCGUGGACUGCAGGCCCCGCCCCCACCAAGCCCCGCCUCCUAUUAAUAUUCUGAGUACAAAAUCUGACUUCCUGCUUGUAUUUUCUGUAUUUUGUCUGCAGUCUCCCUCAGAGGCUCUCCCUGGGCACUCGUCUCCUCUGCGGGACCCACAGUGCCUCCUGCAGGACGAGGACGUAAACCGUCUCCGGGCCGUGGUCUUCAGGGACGUGGACGACAGUAAACAGUCCCAGUUCUUGGCCCUGGCUGUGGUCUACUUCCUCUCUGUCCUCAUGGUGUCCAAGUACCGGGACAUCCUGGAGCCGCGCCCCGAGACGGACAGGAGCGCCGGCCAAUCAGGGCCCAGCGGACAAGAAGUCAAGUCACCGGCCAACUCAGGUGGACCAGAUGCACGAACCUGUGAGAGCCGGAGGGAGCUGCCUGGAUCCUCUGACCCCGCCCACCACGUCUCGUCCCACCUCCAGCGCUCGGCCCCGGGAGCAGAGAGGAGCGGGGGCCCGGGCUCCUCAACGGGACGACGGGGCCUUUGCCCCUCCCCGUCCUCCUGCUCCUCCUCCUCUUCCUCCGGCGUCGGUCUCACCAGCCGAGGCCCCAGCGUGAAGGAGAUCCUCAGGAGCCUGGUGGCGCCCCCUGUGGACGGAGUGGAGACGGGACAAGAGCCUCUGUCCUGCAGUGAGCGCGCGCUGAGGGCCCAGGACGCACCAGGGACGUCCGUGCACUUCCACUCAUUUGACAGGAGUGUGAUGGUGCCGCUGAGGAGGCCGUCCUGUGGCAGCCCCACGGUCCACACUGUGAGCUCCAGCAGCACCGGCUCUGGACUCUCUGCUGGGGGCCCCCGGAGUCUCUUCUGUGGCCCCUCUGUGUCUGACACAAACAAGAGCAUCAUCAACACCACAGCUGCCUCCUCCUCCUCUUCCUCCUCCUCUUCGUCUUCCUCCAGUCUGAUGAAUGGAGCGUCCUCGCAGAAGCUCCCAGGGGUCCAGAGCGUGGGGCCCCUGCCGAAGGACUCAGUGGACACCAGCAGUCUGAGCUCUCAGCUGGAGCGGGCGCUGCAGAAGGGGGCUCCUCUGCUCAGGGAGAUCUUGGUGGACUUCGCUCCGUUCCUGUCGCGGACUCUUCUGGGGAGCCACGGACAGGAGCUGCUCAUAGAAGGUCUGGUGUGUAUGAAGUCGAGCUCGUCGGUGGUGGAGCUGGUCAUGCUCUUAUGUUCUCAGGAGUGGCAGAACUCCAUCCAGAAGAACGCGGGUCUGGCUUUCAUCGAGCUCAUCAAUGAAGGAAGGCUGCUGUGCCACUCGAUGAAGGAGCACAUGGUUCGUGUGGCCAACGAGGCCCAGUUCAUCCUGGACAGACAGAGAGCCGAGGACGCACACAGACACGCUCAGUUUCAGUCGAGCUGUUCUCAGUACGCCGCAGAGAGGAGAGAAGAGGAGGAGCUACACCACCAUCUCCUGAACGCCGCCCAUCACCGCAACCACGUCACCGCCAACCAGCUCCUGCAGAAGAUCAUCAACACCCUGACCAACCAGCAGGGGGCCUGGGGGACGCCGGGAAACAGCCACAUGCAGGACUUCUGGAGGCUGGACGACUGGGAGGACGACCUGAGGCGGAGGAGGAGGUUCAUCAGAAACCCCUUUGGCUCCACGCACCUGGACGUGCCCUGCAGGAGCUUCCCCGAGGACGCCCCGGAGAGAGACGAGGUGGUGCGGCUGAGUAAGAUCGUGAGGACCCAGCCUGUGCACAGCCCGGGCCCAGAGACGGAGCUGCUCCUGGGGGAAGAGGAGGACGACGGCGGCGGCCUGCUGCUGGACCGAGACGUGGACACUCUGGGAGGCCCCGUGGUUCUGAGCAGCCCGGCGCAGCUCGUGGCCCCUGCUCUCGUGGCUAACGGCACCGCGUACAUCACCGCCACCGAGAUCUACUUCGAGGCGGAUGAAAACGACCCGGGGUUCCGAGCGGCGGACGCCAAGGUGCUGUCGUACACCGAGGGGCUCCAUGGGAAGUGGAUGUUCAGUGAGAUCAGAGCCGUGUUCUCCAGACACCACCUCCUGCAGAACAGCGCCCUGGAGAUCUUCAUGGCCAACAGGACUUCCGUCAUGUUUAACUUCCCAGACCAGGCCACGGUGAAGAGGGUGGUGCACAGUCUCCCUCGGGUGGGGGUGGGCACCAGCUUCGGGCUCCCCCAGGCCAGACGGGUUUCCUUGGCGACGCCGCGACAGCUCUUCAAAUCGUCCAACAUGACCCAGCGCUGGCAGAGGAGGGAGAUUUCCAACUUCGAAUACCUCAUGUUCCUGAACACUAUAUCUGGGAGAAGCUACAAUGACCUGGGCCAGUACCCUGUGUUCCCCUGGGUGCUCUCCAACUACGACAGCCCCGAUCUGGACCUCACUCUGCCUGGGAACUUCAGAGACCUGUCGAAGCCAAUCGGAGCCCUGAACCCCAAACGCGCCGCCUUCUUUGCCGAUCGCUAUGACAACUGGAGCGACGAGCAGACCCCUCCCUGUCACUACAGCUCCCACUACUCGUCUGCCAGCUCCACCCUGCACUGGCUCAUACGCACCGAGCCCUUCACCACGUUCUUCCUGUCCACACACGGACACAGAUUUCCCCAUCCGGACAGGACCUUCUCUGGGAUCAGCCGCUCCUGGACGCUCUGCCAGAGGGACACUGCAGAUGUCAAGGAGCUGAUCCCGGAGUUGUUCUACCUGCCGGAGAUGUUGGUGAACAGUAAUGAUUACCCCCUGGGCCUGAGGGAGGGCCGGAGCCUGGUGUGUGACGUGGACCUGCCGGCCUGGGCCAAGACGCCAGAGGACUUUGUCAGGAUCCACCGCAUGGCCCUGGAGAGUGAGUUUGUGUCCUGUCAGCUGCACCAGUGGAUCGACCUGAUCUGGGGGUACAAGCAGAGGGGCCCAGAGGCAGCCCGCGCCCUCAACCUCUUCCCCCACCUCACCUACCAGGGCUCCGUGUGCCUGCAGAGCAUCAGCCACCUCCCCACCAGACAGGCUGAGGAGGCGCACAUCCAGAGACUUGGACAGACGCCAUCCCAGUUGCUUAUCGAGCCACAUCCUCCGCGCAGCUCCGCCCUGCACCUGUGUUUCUUGCCUCGUCUCCAGAGCCCUCUCAUGCUGAAGGACCAGCUGCACCAGGACGUGCUCAUGGUUCUGAAGUUCCCGUCCAACUCUCCGGUCACCCACGUGUCCGCCAACACCCUGCCCCAGCUCAGCACCCCCGCCGUGGUCACCGUCACCUGCAGCCGCCUGGUCGCCCUCAACCGCUGGAACAACACUGUGGGUCUGAGAGGAGCUCCUGGAUACUCCCUGGAACAAUCCCAGCACCUGCCCAUAGAGAUGGACCCUCUCAUCGCCAACGACUCUGGAAGCAACAAGCGUCAGAUCAGGGAGCCGGUGGACCACAGCGUUCGGAUCGGAGCGCAGUGUUUCGUGGUGACAGCUGACAACUGCUACAUCCUGGUGUGUGGCUUCCAGGACCACAGCCUCCGAGUGUACUCCACCGAGACAGGUAGGCUGGUCCAGGUGGUGUUCGGGCACUGGGAUGUGGUCACGUGUCUGGCCCGUUCGGAGUCGUACAUCGGGGGAGACUGUUACGUCGUGUCAGGGUCCAGGGACGCCACUCUGCUGCUGUGGUACUGGAGCGGGAGGCACAACAUCAUCGGAGACAACCCCACCAACAGUGAGUACCCGGCCCCCCGAGCUGCACUGACGGGUCAUGACCAGGAGGUGGCGUGUGCGGCGGUGUGCGCAGAGCUGGGGCUGGUCAUCAGCGGAGCCAAAGAGGGUCCGUGUCUGGUCCACACCAUCACAGGAGAGCUGCUGCGGGCUCUGGAGGGCCCUGACCACUGCCCGGGGCCCCUCCUCAUCUCUGUGUCCUCUGAGGGCCACUGCAUCGUCUGCUACCAGCGCGGACACGUCUGCAGCUUCAGCAUCAACGGGAAACUGCUGGCUCACAUGGAGAUCCAGGACACGACGAGGGCCAUGGUGCUGAGCAGUGACGGGCUCUGUCUGCUGACCGGAGGAGACAGAGGGGUGGUGGAGGUGUGGCAGGCCUGGGACCUCUCUCUCCUCUACACCUACCCGGGAUGUGACGCGGGGAUCCGAGCCAUGGACCUGUCCCAUGAUCAGAGGACUCUGAUCACUGGGAUGGCGUCUGGAAGCAUCGUAGCGUUCAACAUAGACUUCAACCGCUGGCACUUUGAGCACCAGAGCCGCUACUGAGACCCAGCGCUCCACACAG